GGGUGUUUGGUUGUACAGUGACGUUUUAAGGCAGGUCCUGGUCAAACCUUCCAAUGAUACAAGUCGGUCCUAUUCUGCUGGGACUGAUCGCAAUGAACGGGUGUCGGAGCUCUGCACGGCAAAGGAGCAACCACAGCGAGACGCGGCGAUCAGGGGGAUGCGGCAUCGGUACGCGGGAGCUGUCCAUCAGCACCACAUUCCCGACCAAAAGCCAGGUAGCGCCAAACCGAGCCGAGACCCAGACGCUCCCGUUUUCAGCCUGCCACCCCCGCCCUCCUCUCACCACCGAGACCGCACAUCCACCACUGCCGCGCACCGCCAGAGCCUCCAGGAGCUUCCCUGUCUGAGCCAGCCCACUCGCAGACCUGUUCACAGCGGCGACCCUCAGCCUCUGGAAAGCUACGACACCGCCCAGCGACCUUCACACCGACACACUCAACCCAACACUGGGCUGCCGGCACGCCUGCAGCAGGAUCCCUGGGCCCCGGUCGGCUCUCAGCAGCAGCAGCCGCAGUCGCAGUCAGAGAAGCAGCCUAUUUUUCCAAGCUGCCACUGCAGUUUUUCGGAGCAGGAGGCGAGCUUUACUCAGAAUCAGCACCAUCCUGUCGAUCUUCUCUCACCGCAGCCCUCCCCACCUUUUCUGCCGCCUAUACCACCACCACCACCACCACCAACCUCCUCCUCCUCCUCUCUGCUGUUUUGCCGGGAAUCGAAAAGGGGGGAUCGACUCCAAAGGAGUGCCAAUAAUUACUACCAACAGGCAAGCAUCGUGGAACGCUGCAGGGGAGGAGGAGGAGCAGGGGGGCACCGAGACCACAGGCAGUUGUUGCAGCAACAGCAGCAGCAGCAGCAGCAGCAACAGCACAGUCAUUUAAGACUCCAACAGAGGGACCCCUCCCCUGAAGGAAUCCGUACAAACUCACAGAAAGGGCGCUCUUUAAAUGCAUGUGAGUCAAACGAGGAGAACAGGAGAGCAUUCGAGUCCCAGACUCAGGACCUGCAGCAGCAUCAGAUCCCACAAUUACGAGCGCAGCAACAGCUGCUGGUGGGGAGCAGCUUGCCUAUCAACUACUGCGCCAGCGGCUCAGGAGAGCUAUGUAGGACUCACCAGGCUCCACUGCUGCAACAGCAACAGCAGGAGCAGCAGCGGCAGCAGGAGCAGCAGCAGCAGCAGCAGCAGCGGCAGCAGCAGCAGCAGCAGCGACAGCAGCAGCAGCAGCAGCAGCAAGGCGCACUGGGGCUCAGUCCCCAGCGUCCGCAGCACUGUGAACAAGACCGCAAUAAGUCUGGGAGGCUCGCCGUGCAUGGCGAUCUGCAGGCACAGCCACACAGCCGCGACUCCCGCGUAACCCCCCCGGCAAGACAACAGGCAUACGCGGGGAACUCUUCUGCGACUGGAAGCAACAGCAGCAAAGACAGCCCCAACUACGGCUCCAGCUAUCACCUGUGGCCAGAGAGCCCGCAUAAAGGCGAGGAGAGGAUACGCAUCGACCUCCAUAAGGCCACAACUGAGCAGAAGAAGCUGAGCCAUGCUGGAUCCAAGCCCUCCCUCUCUGAGAGCAGCGGCCGACUCCCUCAGAUAGCCAUGAACACCUGCAAGUACAAUGGCGGGGUGGUGAGACCACUAGUUGGCAGCCUGGCAUCCUCGUCGCGCCGCAAUCUCGCGGAGCUCGACUCGGAGACGCAGCCCCUGCAGACACUGCACAGCUCUGGCCUGGAGGUGGUGGUAUCCAAGGGCAACAGCGGCGAAGACCCUAGCAAGGCGUCCAACGAGAACUUGGUCAGGGAGGGCAGCAGCCGCGGUAGAGGCAGGGCGCCGCAAAAGAAGAAUAGGGACAUUGGCUACAAGCUUGGCCACAGGAGGGCGCUUUUUGAGAAGCGAAAGCGGCUCAGCGACUACGCACUCAUCUUUGGGAUGUUUGGGAUUGUUGUCAUGGUGACAGAAACGGAAUUGUCAUGGGGGGUUUACACUAAGGAAUCUUCAUACUCAUUUGCACUGAAAUGCCUUAUCAGCCUUUCCACUGUUAUAUUGCUUGGUCUUAUAAUAAUGUACCAUGCCCGGGAAAUCCAGCUGUUUAUGGUCGACAAUGGUGCGGACGAUUGGAGGAUAGCCAUGACGUAUGAACGGAUCUUCUUCAUUGUGUUAGAGCUGCUGGUGUGUGCCAUCCAUCCCAUACCAGGCCAGUAUGUGUUCACAUGGACGGCACGACUGGCCUUUACCUACACGCCAUCGGUGGCCGAUGCUGACGUGGACAUCAUUCUCUCCAUCCCCAUGUUCGUGAGACUCUACCUGAUUGGCAGAGUCAUGUUACUGCACAGCAAGCUGUUCACGGACGCUUCGUCUCGCAGCAUCGGCGCUCUUAACAAGAUCAACUUCAACACACGCUUUGUUAUGAAGACCCUCAUGACCAUCUGUCCGGGAACUGUUCUGCUGGUGUUCAGUAUAUCCUCCUGGAUCAUUGCUGCAUGGACUGUACGCGUCUGUGAGAGGUAUCAUGACAAACAGGAAGUGACCAGUAACUUCCUGGGAGCCAUGUGGCUCAUCUCGAUUACCUUCCUCUCCAUCGGCUACGGGGACAUGGUACCACACACGUACUGUGGGAAAGGCGUGUGUCUGCUUACAGGGAUUAUGGGAGCCGGCUGCACUGCACUGGUGGUCGCAGUGGUAGCCAGGAAGCUGGAGCUGACCAAGGCUGAGAAGCACGUCCACAACUUCAUGAUGGACACACAACUCUGCAAACGAGUAAAGAACACAGCUGCCAAUGUACUCAGGGAAACAUGGCUCAUCUACAAACACACUAAGAUGGUCAAAAAGAUAGAUCAUGCCAAGGUGCGGAAACACCAGCGCAAGUUUCUCCAAGCCAUUCACCAAGCUCAGAAACUGCGCAGUGUAAAGAUGGAGCAGAGGAAACUCAACGAUCAAGCCAACACACUGGUGGACCUGGCAAAGACCCAGAAUGUGAUGUAUGACCUGGUGUCAGAACUACAGGAACGCAGUGAGGAGCUGGACAAGCGCAUCGGUACACUAGAGGACAAGCUGGACUCUGUGACGGGCAGCCUGCAGGCGCUGCCCUGCCUCAUCUCCCAAGCCAUAACCCAGCAGCAGCAGGACUUCCUGGACGGCUUUGUUCACCGCUUUCGUCCCGCCUCGCUAGCCUCAGAGCGCUCCGAACGCUCUGAGCGAUCCUGGACUUCCACCGCCCGUAGGAGGCGCUCGCCGUCCACAGCACCACACACGUCCUCUGAUAGUGGAUAACCCUGACAAACCGCUCCUCGAUCUCCUUCGAGCCCCACCUUUCCCAAACCAACGUGUCACCUCAGUCUGCUCCAUCUAAAGCUGUCCCUGUAACCACUAGAGAGUCCAUUUACUGGACUAAUAAUGAACCCAUAUCUUGGCACCUAGCCUGAUCCAUGCCCCUUACUCUCUACCUUACACCCUUCCCUUCUUCCCCUCCUCCACAGACAACAUCAAACCCAAAACCAAUUCCUCUAUGACUGAGCCUCUCAGCACAGGACUGGAUCAGAGCUACUCCAAAAGAAAUGCUAGUGAAGACUUAAAUAAAGUAAAAACACAAAUGCAUCCAAAAACCGAAAAAGAGGGGGGGAGGGAGACUGAAAAACUGAGAUAAAGUAGAGAUAUGGUUUAUGUUUUAGCCAUUGUAUGGCUGUUCAAGUUAGCUUUUUUGUAAAAGCCCUUGUAUAGUAAAAAAUGACUGAGUUCAGGGUCGCUGGGGUGAGAGCUGGCUAUCACACCGGAGAGUCCUUAACCAUG